AUGUGCAGUUAUAAAUGUGCAUUUGUUAACAACAUCGACACAUGUCUCUGUCCAGUAGGCUUCGAAAUGACCACUACUUCUUGCGUUGUACUGAUAAGCAAUUUUUCCACAGAUAUAAAUGAGUGCAAGACCAUGACCCCCAAUCCAUGUGAUCCGAACCACGGAAUCUGCAUAAACAUAGUAGGAUCGUACAUCUGUGUAUGUGAUGAUGGGUACAUGCUUGGGCCGAACAACACUUGCAAUGACCGCAAUGGUAACUGGGCAACCUGGGGAGGUUGGUCAAACUGCAGUCAGAUGUGCAACGGAGGGAUCGCCUACAGAUCAAGAUAUUGCAGCAGCCCGUCACCGCAGGGACUUGGGAGAAAUUGCAUUGGGAAUGCCACUGGCGAACAACAAUGCAACACACAGGAUUGUCCAUUGACAAAGGAUGAGGAGGUAUAUGGACGCACAAUUUAUGUGAGAGGAUUAGAGUAUGACUUGGUACGUUAUGUUUGCAUUCUCACAACGUUCAUAAGCUCCGAAGUAAAAUGUUAA